UAGUAUUUAAAUUUAGAAAUGAAGACACGAAAGCAGAAGUUAGCUAGGAAAGUAAUUUCGGAUAACAAGUACGAAAAACAGGACUCUACAAAUUGGCAAUUUUUUAAUGCAAAUGUUCAAUCUCCAGAGACAGAAUUAAUUAACGAUUCGAUGUCUCACAAAUUAUCAAUUACUCCCCAUAAAGAAUCAAGUCAUUAUGCAGGGCCAACAUUUCAUCAUUCUCCAGCAGCCUCUAAUCUUCCUAUUCCAUCAUUUUUUUCCAAAAUUACAUAUAACACUCCACAUUUACAACCUUUGCAUUUUCAUCAAUCAUCCCAAGAUAUACAAACGUCGGCACCGAGGGGUUUAUGUUCUUCUACUCAGGAUACAUUUUUUGACACUAAUAGUCCAUCUCUGUCUCAAAUUCAUUCUUUUAAACCAUUAGAGCAAACAUCAGAAAAAUCUUUGUAUGGACCAUCUAUACCAUUAUCACAUGAAGUUCAUUCUUCUUCACCAAAAAUGUUAUUUCAAGCGGAUAUGAAUGAAAGGAAACAAAAACAAGCAUUACGGAAACAAGAAACAAGUGAUUCUUCUGAUUUUAAUGAUACAUUUUAUUCAAAAACAUAUUCAUCAAUAAAAAAAGUAGGAAAGAAAAAAGAAAUCAAGGAAAAUACUCUUUUAUCACUAUAUUCAGAUUUUCAUAAUAUGCAGAGAAAUCAAAAAGAUAGUUAUCAAAAAACGACUUUUUAUAAGAAGAAUAAAACGCAGCUCCGGAAUAAUAUGUACGUUGAUAACUAUAACAGUAACAUAGAAGAUAUGAAAGAAAAAUUAUUAAGUCUACUUUUACCAUCUCCCAAAUCAAAUAAGUCAUCAGCAAAUACUUAAAAAUAAAGGGAAAGAUGCAAUUAAUCGUAAAUACUUCAAGAUUGUACGUCUAUAUUCUUAAGAAAAAUGGACCAUUAUAUACAAAAAUAUUUUCACUAAAUUUUCUAAAGUAUUUUUAUAUAAGAGAUCUCAAAAAUUCCUAAAAAU